AUGAAUAAAGAGGGUGAAUGUAGAACUGUAGAAGGAGAUCGACUAAGCAGCUUGCCGGAUGAUCUUAUCCAUAAAAUCUUGUCUUUUGUUAGCAUCAAACAGGCUGUUGAAACCAGUGUUUUGUCACCCAGAUGGAAGUAUAUCUGGACUUCAAUGCUUUACCUCAAUUUCUCAAGUCAAGAUUUUUGUACGUUGCCCAAGUUCUCCGAAUUUGUUAAACAUGUUCUUUUGGGCAGAAAUAAUCAAAUAGAAGUGACGUCAGUCGAGGUCGCAUUUCGUGGAAAGGGUCGCCAAGCGUUUGUAAAGACAAUUUUGAAUUAUGCUUUCUCCCACAAUGUCCAACAACUGAACAUUACUUGCUUGUGUGUGAAAAAGAUCGAAUUCCCUCUUUCUCGGGUUAGUUUUCAGUCUCUCAAGCAUCUCACUGUGACCGGGUAUGAUUAUAAUUCCAUCACAACCACACCUGAUUGGGAGAUGCCAGCUUUAACAACACCGUAUAUUCAUUGCCUCACAUUGUAUAAUGGCAAUAAUACUGACAAGGGUACUAAUCUAUUCUCCAACUGUGCAAGCUUGAAAAAUCUCACCAUAAAGAAAUGCUACAUGGCGGGUGGAUUGAAUGGUUUCAAUAUAUGUCAUCCUGGAUUAACUAGUCUAACACUUGAAGUUGGUUUUACGCGUGUCAAUGUGGAUACGCCUCAACUCAAGAAUCUCACUAUUAAAAAAUGGAAAGGGGUGCAUCUGAUUUCCGCCCCCAAUCUUUCCUCUUUGCAUUAUAAAGAUCUAUCUUAUAUUGGUCAUGAAGAUGGUGAUUAUGAUGAUCUUUCGCAGCUUUCUACUGAUCUUCUACAUUUGGAGAAGGCAAAUAUAUGUAUUAAGUGUAUAUUCGAAGAAAAGGCUGCUGCUCAUAGAAUUGUGUGUCUGCUUCAACAGCUCCAAAGUGUCAAAUUUCUUACACUUAAUUUGGAAGUCGUCGAGCUUCUUUCUUCGUACGUGGAACUAAUCUCACAUCAUCCUUCUCCAUUUGCCAACUUAAAGAGUUUAAAGAUUUAUCCGGUUGAUGUUACGCGAUUGAAAGUAACCGUGCCUAAGGAAGUCCAAAACUAUUUGCUAGAUAGUUCUGCAGAUGCUACCCUUACAAUGGCUUCACGUGAGGCGAUUAGAGCUGUAAUGAAUGUUACAUCUGCGCGAAACCUUAUGAGAGAAUUGCAAAUGCUACUAGAUCAGUGGAAAGAAUAUUGUGAAACAAACACAGCUCCAGUGAAGCAAGACAAGGCACCGAUGAAAUCCCGUUUUCAUGAAAGAAUGACUUAUUGGGAGAAUCUGAAUGAGCUGUUUCAGAAGGGGUAUGAAAAUACUCGUGAUAUAACUUCAAUGUUGCGGAAGAUUGAAGGAUUACUGAAAAAGGUGCCUAGGUUCCAUAGGGCUAAGUUGCAAUCAAGGUUUUCUGGUUUACGUGCUGAGGCUGAGACUAUCAUGGAUGAUAUGAUGGAUCGUGUGAAGAUCCAAUGUGAUAAGAGGCCAAGACGUUCAAAUGUUCUCUUCGAUGAACUUGCUACAUUACAACCGUCUUCAUGACAAAUUGUUCUCAAUUGGACUAGAGCUAUAACCCUUUUGUACCAACGUAGUUGGAUGGUCAAGUUUUAUUUAUGUCAAAGAUAUGUUUUUUUUUUUUUUUUUUUGUUACUGUAUGUCUCACAUGAUUUUUGGUUUAAAAUAUAUCUAGUUAUGAUA